GAGUUGCUCUGUGAAUAAUUGGUGUUAGCAAAAUUUGAUUUGCAAUAUUACAAUUUUAUUUUUAUUUUUUUAAUUUUCGCUGCCGCGCAGUGAGACAGUCGGAGCUUUGAGGGCGCUCCGUGUUUUCCAAAGACCAAAAUAGUCGCUGUCAGGAGGACUACUGUUUUGUUGAUGUCAUCCGCGGUAGAGCUGUAGCGACCUUCAAUUUCUAGGCACGAAAACAAAGACGCGUUUUGGGGUUUUUUUGUGUUUUUUUUUUUUUACCCCCUCCUCUUUGUUUUGUAUGUCGGUGACACUAGUAACGAGGAUGGGACUAUUGCUACGCGGUAUCCUGCUGUUAUCGGCUUGCACUUUGACAGCAGGUGUAGAUUUUCAGCUGGGAUCCAACCCUUUCAGACAGUCGGUUUUUGUAAAGCGUUCAAACAUUGAAGAGAAAGCUGCGAAAAUCGUCAAGAGGUCUCUGCCUGCAUGGCUGGCUCCAACAGCAAAUCUUAAGCUAAAAAGGAGAAGCACCGAGGAGGAGGACUCGUGUAAAGCUCUACAAGGAUAUACCACCAAGUUGGCAGCCAACACCCACGAUUUUGAAUUCCAUGACCUGAGUGGCUCGGUGUCGCUGGCUUGGGUUGGAGAUGGAACAGGGGUUAUCCUGGCCUUGACGACCUUUCAGGUUCCUUUUUUCAUGGUAAGACUCGGGCAGUCCAAGCUCUAUCGAAGUGAGAACUACGGAAAGUCAUUUGAGGAUGUAACGAACCUCAUCAACAACACCUUCAUCAGAUCAGAGUUUGGCAUCGCAAUCAGCCCCAGUAACUCAGGCAAAGUGAUCCUGACAGCGGAAGUGUCUGGAGACCUUGAGACUCGCAUUUUUGUCUCCGAUGACUUUGGAAAGAGCUUCACCGAUCAAAACUUGCCUUUCACCCCCUUGACUCAGAUCACAUACAACCCUGAGGAUUCCAAAGUGCUGGUUGUCCUCAGCAGCACUUAUGAUCUGUGGCUGUCUGAAGACUUUGGCUCAAACUGGAAGAAGAUCCACAACAUGGUGUGUCUGGUGAAAUGGGGAAGAAAAAAUACCAUCUACUUUACAGCCAGCCUCAAUGGUUCCUGCAGUGAUCGAGGAAUGUUGGAUCUGAGGAGGACGACGGACUAUGGUGAAACCAUCAAGACUGUUGCCAGUAAGAUCUACUCUUUUGGCCUCGGCGGACGCUUCCUCUUUGCAUCUAUAAUGACGGGCAAGGGCACUCUGCGGGUGAUCCACGUAUCCGUGGAUCAGGGUGAUAGCUGGAACAUGGCCCAGCUGCCUCCUGUUGGUCAUGAGCAGUUCUACUCUAUCCUGGCAGCGAAUGAUGAAAUGGUCUUCAUGCAUGUUGAUGAGCCAGGAGAUACAGGAUUUGGUACAGUCUAUGUCUCAGACGAUCGCGGCACUGUGUACUCCAAGUCACUGGAGCGCCACCUUUAUACCACCACGGGGGGCGAUACAGACUUCACCAAUGUCACUUCCCUAAGAGGAGUUUUCAUCACCAGUGUCCUGGCUGAAGAUAACUCUGUGCAGUCUGUGGUGUCCUUUGAUCAGGGAGGGGAGUGGAUACCCCUCCAGAAACCUGCCAACAGCAAGUGUGAUGCUACAGCCAAGGACCCAGACAAGUGCAGUCUUCACAUCCAUGCAGCUUACAGUACUUCUCAGAAGCUGAACAUCCCCAUGCUGCCUCUGACUGAACCAAAUGCUGUGGGUCUCAUCAUAGCUCACGGAAGUGUUGGUGACGCUAUCUCAGUGAUGAGACCGGAUGUGUAUGUGUCUGACGACGGCGGCUAUACCUGGAUUAAGGCUCUUGAUGGACCCCAUCACUAUGCUAUUCUGGAUUCAGGAGGUCUGCUGGUGGCUGUGGAGCACAGCACCACAAAUCCUGUCAACAAGAUAAAAUUUUCUACUGAUGAAGGACAGUGCUGGAAUGAGUACACCUUCACCAACGAACCAAUCUACUUUACCGGGCUGGCGUCAGAGCCAGGAGCUCGCUCUAUGAAUGUUAGCAUCUGGGGCUACACAGACUCUUUCAUUAGCCAAUAUUGGACCUCCUUUACCAUUGAUUUCAGGGAACUUCUCACCAGAAACUGUGGAGACAGUGACUAUGUGCAGUGGUUGGCCCACUCUGAUGAUCUCAGUGAUCCCAAUGACGGUUGCUUGCUGGGCUACAAAGAGACGUUCUUGCGUCUCAGAAAGGACUCAGUUUGCUGGAACGGGCGCGAUUACAAAGUUAACACUCAGCCAAGCCCGUGUCUGUGCACCCUGGAUGACUUCAUGUGCGACUUUGGAUACUACCGUAAAGAGAACAGCUCAGAGUGUGUGGAGCAGCCGGACCUGCAAGGCAAAGUGUUGGAGUUCUGUCUGCAGGGCAAAGAGGAGCUAUUGCAGACUAGUGGCUACAGGAAAAUCCCUGGAGAUAAAUGUGAGGGAGGAAAGACACCUAAGCGUGAAGAGAUUGACCUCAGCAAGAGGUGUGUGAGUGACCUGGUCAACCAAGAAUUUGUGGGGAACAGUAUCUCCAAGCCUGUACCCAUUGUGAUAACAGUCAUCAUAGUCAUACUUCUGAGUAUUGCAGCAGGACUUGUCUUUGUCAAGAAAUAUGUCUGUGGCGGCAGGUUCUUGGUUCACAGGUACUCUGUGCUACAGCAGCAUGUUGAGGAGAAUGCCACCGAUGGGAUGGACGACCCGCUGGAGACCAACCACACUCAGAACGGCAAAAUACAGUUUCAUGAUGACUCCGAUGAGGAUCUGCUUGAAUAGCAGGCACAACCUCUCAAGCAGCUGAGCAACACGUUUCCCAGGGACCCCGUGCCCUACUGCUGUUCCUGACUCUUGUCUCCAGUUACUUUUCCUUUUAACCUUUUAGUAUAAACUUCAGCCUCAGCUACAGAUGUAGAAUCUGUGUCCUGCUGUCAUUGGUUAAAUCUAAUGAAUGUAUGGGGGCUUUCUGAGACUAAUGCCACAGUUGAGGUGCAUUAUAAAGGAGGUCUUAUAGUGUUUUGCUUCAGUUAUUGAUUCUGUUGAGUGAGUUUGAAUCCCAAAGUUAUUUAUUUUUAGGAGGUGAACUGAUGUGGUAAUCUAAACUGCUAGCAAAACCAGAGCAAAUGCUUUUGAAGAGAAGCCGGUUGUAUAAAUCCACCACCGCUGCAUUAUGGGUUCUGCCUCUUCUGUCACCUUGGAGUGCUCCUGGAAAUACUUCACACUCCUUUUCUCAUGCACUUGUACAUAAGCCUGUUUUUCUUUUUUUCUUUUAUUUUUUGAUGUGGUAUGAGUUUGGUAAGUGUAAAUAAAAUCACAUUUAAAAAAAAAAAAGUCACAGAGGUGGUGUCUGGUUAGUAACUCUUCCAGACCCCUUGACUCUCAACCUACUUUCAAUGAACUAUUUGUUCUCCGGUGGCCAGGAGGAUAUAAAUUUGGGGUCUUAAGGCUCACUGAAAUGUGAAAUCUUGUAUUUGGAACACAAGCUUCCAAAUUUUUGGUACAUUUUUGUCUUUAAAGUAAUAAGGCAUAUGUGGAAAUUUCCAUUUCAUAACAUUUUAUAGCAAUAAUUUUUAGAUACAUUCCAUUCAUUGUCCACGCACAUGAAAAAGUCCUAUUAGAACAUGUUGUUUUUAGUUUUGUUUGUUGAACUGAUGUCAUUGUGCGUUAAUGGUAAGGGUAGUUGAGUAUGUCUGUUUCCGGACAGAAUUUGUUUAAAACUUUGUCUGCAGUCUUCACUGCCUAAAGCACAAGGCCAUUUGUAAUGUUAGGAGUUUGUAGUUUAAGGUUUUUCUUAAAUGUGACCUAUUGUGAUAAGACAAUUAAGCAGCUUUUCUACUAACAGAUGGUGGUUUGAAGAUGUUCAGAAACUGCAGAAAUUAUUAAAGUUUGAGUGUAAAAAUUCUUUUUUUUUUUUUUUU